AUGAGUAAACUGACAAAUGCAGAUACAGCUGUAACAAGAAAGUGUCUGUCUACGCUGUUUCUGGACCUCUUAGACAAAGAAAAGCAUGUGAAUGAUGUACUUGUACAUGAUGGGAACAAUGCUUCGAUUAUUUUGGACGAUACAUUGCGACGAGAAACACCGUGGACGCCCAAAAGCUUAGGACGAGCAAAGACCGCUAUUAUUUACAAACAAACGUUAAAUGACACAUUAUUAGUCCUGGAACGCAAUAUCUUUUAUAUUACUGGAUGGGUCGUAUACUUUGUGUCUUUACAAAAGGACAGUAUCCUUAUGUUUGCCACGCGCGAGCAGUGGGAACAAGGGCUUAAGCCCGAUAAGGUAAUUGAGCUGCACCACAGUUUGGUGCUUGGAGAAAUGAAGGUCGAUGUGGUUGAGAACUGCGCAUCGCUUCAAGGCAACAAUAGCAGCUUACGAUUGUUUCGUCGCCAAAUACUAGAAAUCGACACAUUACAUGAGCUGCAUCAGGAGCUUGAACAGAGCUUAGUUGUGUCAUCAGGGAGAAGGGUAGACAACUUUGCUGUUGAUUACCCAAACGCGAGUAUGCGAUGUGUCUUGGAAUUCAGCUCAUACAAUCAGAACACGUUUGAGUUGUGGACCAAAUCAAUUCGCCACAUCUUGGCAAUCAAACGAAAAGUACGUGUUAGAAGGCCAUGUUGUAACCAGAGCAAUAUAGACACAACUAGUAAGCCUAGCGACGGGUUACAACGUUGCUGGGUGUCUCCGGGGCAAGAUUCAAAAGUAACUUUGCUUCAAAGUGAGAUUUGGUGCAACCGUGUGCUUUCCGGUGAGAAAGAUAAGGCUGAGUCAGAAAUUCGACGGAUUGUUGCGAUGGAGAAGCUAGUGGCUCAAGUUACUCACCCACAAAUGGCUUUAUUGGUCUACGAGAAGGUAAGCCGAGUGCACGAACUGUUUGUAGCUAACAGUAGACGAGAAAUUGAGAAUUAUGAUGGAAGCGAAGACCAUAUGUCAGCCGAGAUAUUAAACUUCUUUGCGGACCAUCUUAAGAGGAAAUACUCUGUUUUCUUGAUCCUUGCAUUAGCGUAUGGGGUCAAAGAGGAAGAUAUCCGAGGAGCACACGAGCGAAUGUGUCAAGAAAAUGGUGCCGUGAAUGCAGGAGUUGGUGGCGGCAGCGGUGAGCAGCAACGAUCCGUUGCAUCUUAUGGCUUUGAAGACCCAGAAAGUCUUGAUUUGUACAAGAAGUAUUGCGAUUCAGCGUCCAAGUAUUACAAAGUGAAUUACGGUGAUAUAACUGCUGCAGAGGAAGAAGAUGCCAUCAUGCAUCUGCCUGUGAUGCUUCAAGUUGCCGUUGUUCGGCAAGACUUGGAAGAAUCAAGCGCAAUGCUUUCUAUUCUAAACACCGUCAAAGAUCGGCUAGUGAAGCAUUGUACCCAGCAGAUUAGUUCCUAG